CUACGAGGGCCGAGAAGGAUCAGAAUAGAAUAGUGGCGCAGCGGUUGGUAAUGGAGAAGCUGGCGGACGUGAGCUGGAAGGUGCUGGAGCUCAGGGCUCGGUCCAGGCGCUCAGCCGCUAACACCUUAAUUUCACUGUGAUUGCCCCUAACCACUACUAACCAGUUGCCAUCGUGGGUUGAGACGUCUGUGGUUGGUCCCAACGCAGUCGAGUAAAAUGGCGCAGCUGGUCGACAGGACUGUACCCAUGUCGCCCACGUUCUUGCGAUUAGGCUCCGUUUACGAACCCCUAAAAAGCAGCGACCUUCCCCGGCCAGACAAUGAGACCCUGUGGGACAAACUGGACCGGUACUACAGAAUUGUGAAAAUCACAGUUCUGAAUUUUCAGAGUCCGACCACCGGCUUGUUCCCCACUGAGACUGUCGGCGACUGUAAGAAGGCCAAGAUCCAUGACAGUCUGUACUGUGCCGCCAGCUCCUGGGCCUUGGCCCUUGCCUACAGGCGAGUAGAUGAUGAUAAAGGACGGACACAUGAGCUGGAGCACUCCGCCAUCAAAUGCAUGAGAGGAAUUCUGUACUGCUACAUGCGGCAGGCAGAUAAGGUUGAGCAGUUUAAGCAGGACCCCAGCCCGCAGAAAUGUCUCCAUUCCAUCUUCCACUUGGACACGGGGGACGAGAUCUUGUCCUACGAGAAUUAUGGCCACAUCCAGAUAAACGCGGUGUCCCUCUUCCUCUUGUACCUGGUGGAGAUGAUUUCAUCCGGCCUGCAGAUCAUUUACAACACAGACGAGGUGUCCUUCAUCCAGAACCUGGUAUUCUGCGUGGAGCGAGCCUACCGGGUCCCAGACUUUGGGAUCUGGGAGAGAGGCAGCAAAUACAACAACGGCAGCACAGAAUUACAUUCAAGCUCGGUCGGAUUGGCUAAAGCCGCUCUAGAAGCCAUCGAUGGAUUCAACCUCUUUGGAAAUCAGGGCUGCUCCUGGUCCGUCAUAUUUGUGGAUCUGGACGCGCAUAACCGGAACAGACAGACGCUGUGCUCCCUGCUGCCCAGAGAGUCGCGCUCUCAUAACACGGACGCCGCCCUCCUCACCUGCAUCAGUUACCCAGCGUUCGCUGUGGACGAUGACGCCUUAUUUUAUCAGGCCAUGGACAAGAUCGUUCGCAAGCUGAAAGGAAAAUAUGGAUUUAAGCGUUUUCUUAGGGACGGUUACCGGACGGCCCUGGAAGAUGGAAACCGGCGCUACUACAAGCCCGCUGAGAUCAAGCUGUUUGAUGGCAUUGAGUGCGAAUUUCCGGUGUUCUUCGUCUACAUGAUCAUCGAUGGAGUCUUCAGAGGAAACGCAAAACAAGUGAAGGAGUUUGAAUCUCUGCUGGAGCCGCUGCUUUUCGUUGCAUUUGACGGGUGCCCCAUCAUCCCAGAGUAUUUCCACGUCCCCGCUGACUUUGUGGAAGGUGAGAAGCUGAACCCCAAUAGUCAGAAGAGGUUUCCCAGUAACUGCGGACGGGACGGCAAGCUCUUCCUCUGGGGACAGGCGCUGCUGAUCAUCUCCAAGCUCCUGGUGGAGGAAUUAAUCAGCCCUAAAGACAUUGACCCCUUGCAUCGCUACGUCCAUCGAAGCGACCAGAGGAACAUCAGCAUGAGGUACUCCAACCAGGGGCCCCUGGACAAUGACACAAUGAUACACGUGGCGCUAAUAGCAGAGAGCCAGCGGUUACAGGUGUUUUUGAACACUUACGGUAUUCAGACUCAGACCCCACAACAGGUGGAGCCCAUUCAGAUUUGGCCGCAGCAGGAGCUGGUGAAGGCCUAUCUUCAGCUCGGGGUCCAUGAGAAGCUGGGUUUGUCAGGAAGACCAGACAGACCCAUCGGGUGCCUCGGGACAUCGAAGAUUUAUCGUAUCCUGGGGAAGACGGUCGUCUGUUACCCCAUCGUGUUUGACCUGAGCGACUUCUACAUGUCCCAGGACGUCAUGCUGCUCAUUGAUGACAUUCAGAACGCGCUGCAGUUCAUCCGGCAGUACUGGAAGAUGAAGGGGCGCCCCCUGUUCCUGGUGCUGAUUCGAGAGGACAACAUCCGGGGGAGCCGGUUUAACCCCAUCCUUGACAUGCUCGCCUCCUUUAAGAAUGGAAACGUGGCAGGUGUCAACGUUCACGUGGACAGACUGCAGACUCUUAUAUCUGGAGCAAUGGUCGAGCAGCUGGACUUCUUAAGGAUCAGCGAGUCAGACAUAAUUCCAGAGUUUCACAGCUUCGAGGAGCUUGAAGUCCCCAAACACUCAAAGGUCAACAGACAGUCCAGUAUCCCGGUCGCCGACCAGGAGAAACAGCCUGAGAUCAUUGUGGCGGACUGGAGACACCGCCCCACCUACGAGAUCCUGCAGAAGCUGAAUGACUGCACCUGCCUCGCCUCUCAGGCUAUCCUGCUCAGCAUUCUGAUGAAGAGGGAAGGGCCACAUUUCAUCACAAAGGAUGGUACAGUGUCUGACUUCAUGGAGCGGAUCUAUAGGAAGGUGGGCAGCCACAAACUCUGGUCUGUUGUGCGCCUCGCUGCCAGUCUUUUAGGUAAAAUAGUGGACAGCCUCGCCCCGUCUAUAACUAAUGCGUUAGUUCAGGGCAAGCAGGUCACACUUGGUGUUUUUGGCCACGAGGAAGCCGUCAUCUCCAACCCGCUGUCACCCGGGGUGAUAAAGGAUAUCAUCUACAGCAAGUGCAACCCGUACGAUGAGCGGGAGGCCGUCCUGCAGCAAGAACUGGUCAUCCACAUCGGCUGGAUCAUCUCCAACACUCCGCAGCUCUUCAGCGGCAUGUUAAAGAUGCGUGUCGGAUGGAUAAUUCACGCCAUGAGAUACGAACUUAAGAUCCGCAGCGGGGAGCGGGAGGAGCAGGACAUCUACCAGCUGUCACCCAGCGAGAUUAAGCAGCUUCUCCUCUGUAUUCUGCAGCCGCAGCAGUCCGGGAGGUGCUGGCUGAACCGCAGACAGAUAGACGGCUCUCUCAACAGAAAUCCGGCUGGGUUCUAUGACCGGGUGUGGCAAAUCCUGGAGCGGACCCCCUGCGGUAUCAUGGUGGCCGGAAAGUUCCUCCCUCAGCAACCCACCCUGUCCGACAUGACUAUGUACGAGAUGAACUUCUCCCUUCUGGUGGAGGACAUGCUGCAGAACAUCUCGCAGCCUGAGUACCGGCAGAUCAUUGUGGAGCUGCUGGUGAUCGUCUCCGUGAUCCUGGAGAGAAACCCGGAGUUUGAAUUUCAAGAGAAAGUUGAUUUGGACAAACUGGUGAAAGAAGCAUUUAAUGAUUUCCAGCGAGACCAGAGCCAAACGCAGGGAGCAGAGAAGCAGGGUGAGAUGUCCGCCUUCUACAACACGCCCCCACUGGGCAGGAGAGGGACCUGCAGCUACCUUACAAAAUCAGUCAUGAACCUCCUGCUCGAAGCUGAAGUCAGGCCGAGCACCGACGACCCGUGCAGCAUCAGCUAAAGAGUGUCAGCGGCGAGCAUGGCCCCUGCGCUCAUACCUGACUCGUCUCGCCCUGUGCUUAGCGACUUGUGCCAGCGCAGCAGGAUUCUUACGCUAAGCUUGGCUUCUGUCAUGCUCUGAUGCCCAGGAUAGUUCCAGUUGCCUUUGCAAAUGUCAUAGCGGCAGACAUCGCAGGAUCUGCUCAGAGUGUGUAAAUUAAUGAAAAGUUGUGCAACUUUCUUAUAGACUUGGUGAUUCACUUCCUCCGCUUAUUGACAAUGAGUUGAAAGAGAACCAGUAUAUGCCUAAUCUUCUCACAGCUGAGGGUUUGUUUUCAGUCUAGACCAGGGAUGCCCAACCUGCGGCCCUCCAGCUGUUGCAAAACUACAACUCCCAGCAUGCCUGGACAGCCUACACCUAUCGGCUACAGCAGGGCAUGAUGGGAGUUGUAGUUUUACAACAGCUGGAGGGCCGCAGGUUUAGCAUCCCUGGUCUAUACAAUCCCCUGCAAGCAAAAAAAAAAGUCUGGAUUCCAGAUUGAUAUACUUCCCCUGAGACAAGCUGCAGGACAGGUGCAAGGCUUGUAUGUGUAUCUCACAGAUUGGGGGGGGGGGGGGGUCUAGACUAGAUACAAAGGUAGCAAACCUGUGGAUGAGAAUGUUUCCAGUAACUGACAGCCAGCAGAGAUCUUAAAAAUAGCACGGAAUUGAAAAAAAAAAAGUGUAGUAGGAAGUUGUAGAACUUGUCAUUGUCCAUUAAUUCAGCUUCAUUGAUAGGAAACCCUUCCUUCAAGGACUUAAAGGGGAUGUUGCUCCUCUUAUAACGCUCCAGCAAUAUUGUAAGCUUAUGACCUUACAGAUGGUGGCUGGGAUCGGAAGGGUUGUGUCAUCUUGGGCUACUUUCACACUGGCGUUUUGGCUUUCCGCUUGUGAGAUCUGUUCAGGGCUCUCACCAGCGGUCCAAAACGGUUUUGCCCUAAUGCAUUCUGAAUGGAGAAGGAUCCGCUCAGAAUGCAUCAGUUUGCCUCCGAUCUGUCUCCGUUCCGCUCUGGAGGCUGCCUGCAGCGUUCUUCUGUCCAUCCUGGUAUGCGGAGCGAGACGGAUCCGUCCUGACACACAAUGUAAGUCACUAGGGAUGGAUCCGUUUUCUCUGGCACAAUAGAAAACUGAUCCGUCUCCCAUUGACUUUCAGUGGAGUUCAUGACGGAUGCAUGCGGUUGUAUUAUUGUAACGGAAGGGUUUUUGCAGAUCCAUGACUGAUUCGCAAAAAACCGCUAAUGUGAAAGUAGCCUUAGACUUUGAUGGCAUGACAUUAGAACAUGCCAUCAGUCAGAUAAUUGGAAAGUGAAGACCAGCACACCGCGCAGGCCGAGCGCUACUAUUGUAACUCCCAUAGAAAUUAAUGGAAAGCUGAGCGUAUGCGCAGCUGCUCACCUCUCACUUCGGACCUCUCUGCUUAUGUCUAAGAUGAGACAACCCCCUUUAAGAAAUGUACCCUAGGACAGCUGCUAUGUACAGUAAUGUGGCUGCACUGGAUAUCUCUGUGCGUGUGCUUUAUAUCACAUAGUAGAAUCCAGGUAAUUACAGUAUAUAUUUUUUUCUCACUCGCUAAUUAUGUUGGUUUUUUAGGUCAAGAAAGCUAAAAAUAACUGUUUCCAAAAAGAGAUAUAGGUUUAUCUGAGUUUUAUACUCUAGUCACAUCCAAAGCUGCAAAGGCAAUUCUGCCGCAUUUUAUUGGCAGAGACCAGUGCAUUGUGGGAGCUGAGGUGGUAGUCACAUAGUCAGAGCUGAGCUGUUCCUGACUGGCUGAGUAGCAUUGAUAAUAUUUUUUAAUGUAGCUUUGGAGGUGAAUGGAGGAGAAGACGACAGAUUACUCCAAAUAAGCUUAGUUACUCUGCCAUGAUGUGUUUGAAGGCUUGUGGUCUCUCCCCCUACUGGAGUCUCUUUAUAAAGAAAGUUUUACACUCCGGCCGCUGUUCAUGAAGGAGAUCUCGCGGCCAUAAGUAAUGUUCCCCGUACUCUCCGCUCACGUCUGCAGCCAAUUAAUGUCUUUACGACUUGAGGGAAUAAUUAAAGGAGAGAUUUACAUUU